AUGUCCGCCGACUUCUGGGCCGGCUACAUCUCCGGCGCCGUGGGCAUCAUCAUCGGCAACCCCCUCGACCUCCUCAAAGUCCGCCUCCAAGCACGAACCGCCCCUGUCGUCGCCGCCGCCACGACUCCGACCUCCCCGCUGCCGACCCCCGCCGUCGCCGCGACUUCAUACCUCCGCCACUUCGAAUCCCCCGCCUCCCUCGUCACCGGCUCCGCCGCCCCGAUCCUCGGCUACGGCGCUCUCAAUGCCCUCCUUUUCGUCUCCUACAACCGCACCGAGGCCGCCCUCAACCGCGCCCUCGAUGUCCGCUCCAGCCUCUGGACCACCUGGCUCGCCGGUGCCGUUGGCGGCCUGGCCACCUGGGUCGUAAGCACCCCCACCGAGCUGAUCAAGUGCCGCGCCCAGCUAUCCUCACCGCCCGCCUCGAGUUGGACCAUCACCAAGGACGCCUGGCGCGCUGAGGGGGUGCGGGGGUUGUACUUUGGAGGCGCGGUGACUGCGCUGCGGGACAGCAUCGGGUACGGGUUCUAUUUCUGGUCCUACGAGCUCAGCACGCGGUGGAUGGGCGUCGGCGGCGAUGGCGUCAAGGAGACAGAUAUGCGCGAGGAGGCGGCCAAAGUGCUCCUCUGCGGUGGCCUGGCCGGCAUCGUGACGUGGGCGAGCAUCUUCCCGCUCGACGUCAUAAAGACCCGUGUACAGACGCAGGCGUUUGAGACUUGGACAUCAGCAGAGACGUCGCCCUUACUCGGGGCACAAGGCUCACAGCAGCAGCAGCAACAGCCGCCGCCGCCGCCCAAACGUGCGGGCGCAAUUCAGGUCGCCAGGGAAGCGUACCGCGAAGGGGGCAUGCGGGUCUUCUUUAGGGGCCUUACAAUCUGUAGCGUGCGGGCUUUCGUCGUCAACGCGGUCCAGUGGGCAGUGUAUGAAUGGGCCAUGUAUGAGAUGGGCGAGGGCCGGAGACGGCCUGCUGCUGCUGUUGAGCCUGCGGCACAAAUGCUUUGA